AUGACCAUCAUCCAGUCCUUCGCGCUGCUCCUCGUGUGGGCGGCGCUCCUCGCGUACGCUGCCUACAGGGGAUACAAGAUCUUCAUCACGCUCCUGGUGCGCGCCCUCCGAUGGGUCCCGCACCGCGCCACCUCCCCGACCCCCUUCGGAGCGCGCUUCGCGUCCGGCAUCCUUCGCUCCUUCUCGCUUGACGACGACAAGUUCUUCUGCGCGGACGGCGCGCCCGAAGAGAUCGCGAAGAAGCGACGCGCGGGCAUGGACAACCUCGCCAGGUCCUUCGACGAGCAGUUCGCGGCGUCGCAGAAGGCGAGCGAGACCGUCCUCGACGGCAUAUCGGACCUGCGUUUCACCGACACCAACCGCGUGCCCUUCCCCUUCCAGAAGCUGGUGCGCGAGCGGCUCAACGUGGCGACCCUGGCGCUCUCGUCCGAGGGACCGCACAUUGUGGACCUCGACGGCAACCGAAGCCUGGACGUCUCCGGGUCCUACGGCGUCAACGUGUGCGGCUACGACAACUACAAGCGGUGGAUGGAGGCGGGAUGGCGACGGACCAAGGACCUGGGCCCGGUGCUCGGCCCGCUCCACCCCAUCGUCGGCGAGAACCUCGCGAUGAUCAAGGCGGUGUCCAAGCUCGACGAGGUGUCCUUCCACAUGUCGGGCACCGAGGCCAUCAUGUGCGCGGUCCGACUCGCCGCGUUCAACACGCGCCGCAAGCUCGUGGUCACCUUCGCCGGUGCCUACCACGGCUGGUGGGACGGCGUGCAGCCCGGACCGGGCAACGAGCGUAAGAUCACCGACGUUCUACCGCUCAAGGAUAUGUCCCCAGCGUCGCUCAACGCGAUUCGAGCCAGAAAAGAUGAAAUCGCCUGCGUCAUCGUCAACCCGCUCCAGGGCUUCAACCCGAACUCCCCGCCCCCGAACGACCUGGUGCUGAUGACCGCGGCGAUCCGCAAGGCUGCCGAUUCGGCUACGCUGGACCACUACGCGGUUUGGCUCAAGGAGCUGCGGAAAGUGUGCACCGAGUGCGAGGUGCCCCUCAUGUUUGACGAGGUGUACACCGGUUUCCGCAUGGCACCCGGCGGCGCGCAGCAGUACUACGGCGUUCACGCGGACAUGGUCGUCUACGGUAAGACCCUGGGCGGCGGCAUGCCCUGCGGCGUGGUGUGCGGCAAGAGGGAGCUCAUGCGCAGGUUCGACCCGGAGCGGCCCCUUCGGGUGUCCUACGUCAUCGGGACGUUUGCGGCUCAUCCGCUGACGAUGGGCGCGAUGAACGAGUUCCUCCGGUGGGUCACCACCCCAGAGGCUGAGCAGGUGUACGAGAAGAUCGGUAAGCAGUUCGAGCACUGGAUCAAGGACGUGAACGACGAGAUGAAGGCGGAGAACCUGCCGCUGUCGGUGCACAACCUCACCACCGUGUGGACCGUGAUCUUCAACCAGCCCGGUCGGUACCACUGGAUGUUCCAGUACUACCUCCGCGACGAGGGCAUCGCGCUCUCGUGGGUGGGCACCGGUCGGCUCCUCGUAUCCCUCGAUUUCGUCGAGAACGAUUUCGAGCUGCUCAAGAAGAAGCUCGUCAACGCGGCGAAGCGGAUGCGCGACGACGGGUGGUGGUACCUCGGCACCCCCGACAAGCCCAUAACCGCGCAAUCCAUCAGCGCCGCGAUGGGCAAGGAGAUGGCGUACAACACCGUGAUGAAGACGGUGCGCGAGGGGCUCCUCGCGGAGGUGCUCUGUCUUCCCGAGCAGCACGGACCUAGGGCGCCGAAGGCUGUCCCGCCCGAGACGCUCCAGGAGUUUUACGAGGAGGUGAUGCGGCGCAAGGAGGACGACCACGCCGCGUCCCACAGCAACACCGUCAACCAGUUCAUGCACCUCAUCUCGUCCACGAUAUUCAUCAUCAACUACUACACCAUAUGGAGCAACUGCACCGCCACGAUGGCCACCGGUCUGUUCUCGCUGUUCCUGAGGCAGAGCGGCCACGCCAUCUUCGAGCCCCCGUGCCACGACGAGGAGGAGCUCCUGCUCGGCUUCAACACCAGGUCCAAGUGCUUCGUCGUCGCCGGAUACACCCUCGCGCCGCUCAUCUCGCUGCUGCGCCUGUCGAACGACGUCGGGUUCUUCCUGGCGCUCGCGUCGAUUGCGAGGUCGUGGCUCGGCGUCACCCUCUUCUUCGUCCUCGGGCACACCGGGCUGCUGUGGAUGCAGUACGGGUUCCGGAUCAGCAUGGUUUGGUUGAUCAAGCUGGUGACGGAUCCCUUCACCGACGUCUUGGUGUACUAUCCCUCCGCCGUGACCGUGUGGACCACGAAGGAUUGGCAGACUGCGACGUGGGAUAACUUCCUGUCGCAUCUCAGGGGCGAACCCAAGGAUGACGGCGCGAAGAGUGCGGAGGAGAAGAAGACGCAGUAGACGCGAGCCGAAAUUCAACCACAACUUCUCUCAACGUAUGAGUGCCGCUAGCAG